ACAGCGGCCGAGUUCCCCCCGUGCGUGCAAAGCGCCUUGCCCUUCUGAGAGGAUGAGACGCGCGGCCGAUUUCUCGGCAUCACGUAGGAGUCUUCUGGAGAAGCGUGUGUAGCCGCGGACGCCAGCGGUGACGGCGAACACAACGUGGUCGUGUCACACAGUGAGUCAGCCUGUAGGCGGCCCCCCGGCCCUCGUCAAAAGGCUUCAGUCAACUGUCGUCUGGACUGGAAACAGACCGGCCUCCCAUCCUCUGAUCACACUCUGCUCGCUCUCUCUCUCUCUCUAACUCUCUCUCACUCUCUCUCUAUCUCUCACACGCACCAUCUCCCUCUCUCACACACACUCUCCUCUCCUCUCCUCUCUCUCCCACACACACUCGGAGCUCUAUCUGAUAUCUCUCUGAUCUGAACACUGAUCUGAAUUUCAUGCCUUGGAUUGUGGAAACCUUCAAUUUUCGUUCCAUAUGAGGGAUAAAAUCUGUAAGACUCCUUGUCUCCUCUUCUUUCUGCUCACAAGUCUUCACCACUGCUCGGGAAAGUUUGGAACGCCCAUCACAGACGAUGUGAACAAGCUGCUGCUAUUGCAACAGAACAUUCCCGUUGACUAUGAGAUUCCCGUGCACUACAUCCCAAAGGAAGUGAGCGGUGUGUGCUGGGUGGUGCUGAACAUCUACCCUCUGGAGCAGAGUCUCUGUAAACUGGCCACCAUGUUUGGCGCCCUGUCCUCCAACAAGGAGAACAUCAUCGUCUUCAUCGCCAUGCUGAAGAGCCUGCGCUUCACGUUCGACCACGAGGAGCUGGAAUCGGCGAUGCAGGUCUUCCAGUGUCACUACCGCGAGAGGAACCUGCUGUCGGGUCUCUACUUCGACUACAUCAAGGAGAUACUGCAUGCUGCGGCCCAAGGGGUGGGGGGCUUUCCCUGUAAGCCCCCCCCCUGCGUGCCCCACCAGGAAACCCCAGAUGGGCGCGUGCAAGCCUGGCUGAGCAGAAGUCCUGUGCUGCUCAUCCUGGUCCCCCUCACAGCAUGUCUGCUCCUGCUGCUGUGGCUAGCCCACUCCCGGAGGCGGCGGUUGCGCGAGUGUGACGUGGAUCGGCGAGACGAUUCGUUGUCGUCGCCGGCCAACGCAGUUCCCAGCGUGUGCAUCUCCGUCCCGCUGUACAGAACGGACGAUUCCACGUCCGCCACAGAACUGGUUCCCAGACCACAAGAACUGGGGUGAAGGGGAC